GGAGGAAUGACGAUGUGGUUUAACAAUUUUAGGAUACUCUUUUAUAAAUAUUUAUCUCAAUAUCUUAGUCCCCUAAUCAACCAGAAAGCUAUGAGAUAAAGAAAGAGGAAUAGUGAUGGGGUUGAAAUAUUUCGGAGCAAUCUUCUAUGGGUAUUUAUCUUGGUCCCCAAAUCCACGAGUCUUUUCAUAAGAGUGUUUGAUACGUGAAGAAGGUUCCCAUCCAAACAAUCUACUACCAUUCAGGAUGGAAUAUGGCAUUCUUCAUGAAGACAUUAUUACAGAGAUACUCUCAUGCUUGCCCAAGAAAUCUCUAUCUAGAUUCAAAUGUGUAUCUAAAAGAUGGAACAGUCUAAUUUCCAAUGGCAAAUGUGUAACACGAAAAACAACCAAUUCAGGUUUCAUUUCCCAGACCUUCAUCAAUGGUGGUCGUCUUCAUGUCCAUUUUUUCCACCUCGAUGAGAAGGGAGGUAUCGAUGUCGACGAUUACUCUCUCAUCUUUGCCAUUGAGAAUAAUUCAUUAUCGGUUCGUUCGGGCGAUGUAAAUGGAGAUGUCGUUGCCAUUGCCGAUUGCUGCAAAUUCCACCAACAACCUGUGAUCAUCAGUUCUUGCAAUGGCUUACUUCUCCUAAAAUUGGGAAUAGGAGAGAUAAAAUCUUUAUAUACAUACAACCCCAACACUAAUAAUUUAGUAGCUCUUCCUCGUCCCAACAAAUGCUUAAAGAUAUUUCCACUCGGGUUUGCUUUUGAUGGUCUACAUUAUAAAGUAAUAUUCUUAUCCGAGAGAGAUGAUUAUAAAUUUAUGGAAUCGGAGUUUGAGAUCUUUUCCUCUCAAACUGGCGAAUGGAGAAAACAAGAUGCGAAAAUUCCACUUUUGGAUCAUUUACCUUCUUGGAGAAAUUGGAGAAAUAGUUCAACGCCGACACUUCUUUUUAAAGGAGCUAUGCAUUGGAUAUCAAUGGAUUUCCUGGUCAUCUACCAUUUGAAACACCAGUGCUAUAAGAUGGUGAAAUUGCCUAUGCCUAUCUCCUCCAUCAAAGGAUGCCUCUGGGAAUCAGAAGGGUGUCUGCACUUUUGCAUUGGUGGUGUCCGUGAAAUUUUCAUUUGGGUCCUCCAUUUGGAAGGUUGGUACUUGAGUGGCAAUCAAGAUGUGAUUGAGUGGGAGUUGAAGCAUAGCGCUGUGCCGAGGAAUUCAAUCACAGAUCAUCAUGAAAUAUACAUGUUUCACAAACACCUUUCACUUCUUUCACCUGUUGCUUUCAACGACGAUUUCGAUAUCGUGUAUCUACAGCAUGAGGAAGUUAUUGUAUCGUACAAUCUUGCAACUGGAAUGUUGAAGUUUCGUGAAAAUUCAUAUCCAGGACAGGAGUUUAUGAAGAUCGACAACAUCUACCCUUUCUUUUAUGGUGUGAUUGAUUCGCAUAAAAAACACAAUGAUUAGAAAGAUAAAGGAAAGUUUUAAUUUGUCUACAUUGGAUGCUGUGGGGAAAAAAACAGAGGAAUGAGAUCAACUGAGGAAUCACAACCGAAGGAGCGACAAUGAAUUUUAUGUCAUGAGAAGGUAACUACAACUUGCUUGCUUCCACCCCUUUUGAUGAAUUAUCAAAAUUCAAUUCAAUGGUAUAUCAAAUGCAGCCUAAAACUAAGAAAAUAAUGUGGAUAAUUAGUUGUGCUUUUAAUAUACUAAUGGUAGCUUGAUAAGCUGUUUACUGAAAUUCAUUAGAUCCUUAUGAAUGCACUGCAUUUGUCUAUUCAAAGAACUUGAAAUUUUAUUUGAAGUUAGUAUAUGAUGUUUUUGGAAUUAUAGUCAUGUAUUGGCUAACAGCUUUAUAGCUGGUUUCUGCCCAUGUUGGUGUUGUUUGCGAUGCUUACUAAUAGAGCUAUUGAAAUCAAGAGCAGUGUGGAUUGAAUUAAAAUGCCUCCAUACUUUGUUCCUUACAUUGGAAGUUUUAAUAUUACCAAUCUUUGUUUCUUACAAAACUACAACAUAAGCAGCAAAUUCUCAAAUGAGAAAAAGGAAUUCCAACAAGGCUCACCCAGGGCCAACUUGGCUUGAAAUUUUUUCGAGCUCAAAAAAUAGCUCGGCUCAGCCUGAACAAAGCUUCUAAGUUGAAUUGAAUCAAGUUUAUCCGAGUCAAGCUAGCUAACCGAGCUAGCUUUGUUCAUGUCCAGCUCUACAUUGACAUGUGUGGGUGCUUGAAGAUUUAUGGUGGCAUGUGAUGUACUUGAAGAAGAAAAAUGGUAAACGUAGCAUGUUGCACAUGUUGAGACAAUGGCUAUAUUUAUACAUGAAAGACGUAUGUAUUUUCCAAUUGGAAAAUGCAACACCUCAUCUCUUGUUUCCUGAAUAAGGAUGAACCCUAGUUUGAG